AAACGUCUCAAAAUGCGGUGGUUUGGGGCUCUCUCGUCACUGCUCCCCGUGCUGCUCCUCGUCCUCGCGACGCUUCUCGACGGUGAGACCGUACAAGGAUCACCCUAUCCGCGACCAUUCCCCCAGACACUGCGCCGGCUACCGCGACGCAACGACUACAUUGCCUACAACCUGCACCGCACCAUCCGGCCACGGGAUGUGAACGAACUCGGCGCGAACCAGGCACGGAAGGCGAUGCACGAUGUGCACGAAACGAUCGCCGAGGUACAGCGGCUCCUGGCCCUCGAUCCUUCGCUUCCCAGACUUACCAGGGGCGAGAUCGAGGAGCUGUUUGAGAAUGUGACGCGUGAAGAGUUUGCAAAAUCGAUCCGCGCCGGUGAUCACAAUCGGGCACAGCAUAUGCGAGCACUCAUGCUGGUACUGCCGUAUCAUGCCAACAACAUGUCACCGGAGAACCUGCAGCAGAUCUACACUCGGCCACCGGUCACGCGAAUUGUCGGUGCGGCCGAUUCAUCGCAUCAGCGUCCGAUCGCGUUGCCGGUUGUCGGUACAACAGCCACAACGACGACCACAACGACGACUCCUAGGCCACCACCACCACCAGUGCGCUCGACGAUGGCGGAUCUACCGGUGACGACGAUCCGCUUCACGACACCCCGGCCAACCACCUUCCAUCCGACGCUACCGGAGCGUAUGCGUGACCCCGGUGCACAGCUUCGACCGGAGGAACUGAACGAGAUACUGUCCGCGAUCGGGCUCUCCCAGAGUCCGCCCUCUUUCCGGCCAAUGCCAACGACCACAACCACGACGACGACAACGACAACGACGACGGAGCAACCAACCACCACGAUACCGGCAGCGGCCGACACACCGAUCAGCAACUCGAUCAACGUUGACGAUCCAAAGGUUGCCCAGGAGUUGAAGGAACUGCUUCGUUCGUUCGGUUUGCUGAAGGAGGAAGGAGGUACCUCACCGACCGCACCGGUCGGUAUCGAGAGUCUGGCCAACAUACAACCAUCGGCACUCGUCCUGCAUGAGCCACUGCGCGUCGAGGAGUCAAUGCCAACGAUCGAUGAACCGAUCACUACGACGACGACGACAACGACGGCUGCUCCUCCGGUAGUGGAAGAGGAAAAACCGGCGACCGGUGGCCUUACGCAGGCCAAGAUAAACCCGGAUGAUUACAUCGCUUUUAAGCCACUCCCGAUUCGGAUCCUCGGCGAAGACGACGGUGAAGACACGCACGCGAAGACGCGCGAUGCGGAGUUGGAUCAACUGUUGCAGUCCUUCGGGCUGCUCAGUCCAGGACGAAGCAAGAAAUCGAUGCACCGGUCAGAGCAACAGCAGGAUACGACACCUGCCACGAUGACCGCGAUGCCAGCGAUCGAUGCGGAUCUCGUUGCACCGCAGCUCAUGUCCGUCCUCGGGACGCUCGGUAUUCAGAUGCGUAAUGGAGGAGCGGUAACGGCACCACCAUCACCACCGGCCACCGGAUCGUACCGUCAUUCCGUGUCACGCCGGGAGAAAUCUGGACGUAAGCUGGAACCCCCGACAUCGGCCGCCAUGACGGUUGGUGAUGCAUCGCGCAAACCAGUUGCCACUGGUACGUCCGCACCGACGUCGUCGGCAUUGUUCCGUGUUAACAACGAAGACUACAACAAGCUACAGCAGCUGUGGCACGCGGUGAAGGAACUGGAGAAGCUUAACGUUAGCCUAACCGACGAAUCGCUCGAUGUGCUCAAUCCGAAGCACUACGAUCUCAGUCCGACACUGCUAGCGCAGGGACCGGAUCCACUCGAUGGUGUUGAGGCGCAGGAACGAUUGAACGAGAUCAAAAAGCGACAACAACCGGGCACGGCAACGACGGCUGACGACGAUGCAACGGUACCGGUGAGCGAUAGUCCGACGAGGUUCAACCUGGACUUCGAUAGCAGCGCGACGGAGAACAACGACACACCGUCAUCAUCGUCCAGUGUUACUACACCAACGGCGGCCGCUGAGUCAAACAGUGAUGGCACCGAGUCCUCCUCCGAGUCUACGACAGGCAGCAGCAGCAGCACCACGACGAUGACGACGACAACGGAGAGUGCACGGAAUGCGGCCUUGCUGGAGGAAUCGUUCCCGUCGGCCGAUCUGGCCGGUGAUCCGGUGAAUGAGGAACCGUUGCCACCACCGCGUCGCACCGGUUUCUACUUCCUGUACGAUUGGAACUCGUUCCUGGAGGUGGGAGAAGAACCGAACAAGGUCAUCAUUCGCUACAAUCCGAAGGCGGGCGAUCCGAGCCGCUUCCUACCGGUCAAUGUACCGUAAAAAAAAAAAACGAGGACGUUGGUGUCCGUUUGGAGCAUUAGUGUAAAUAGAUAGGUGUCGAUCUUGUGUUGUGGGCUAGCGUAAAUUAUCGUCCUCCCUUCCUAUUUAUUUUGUCCCUCGUCCUCGGAGUAAUAAGGCGCUCGCUACUAGCUGCUCUCGAGGGAUUAACAUAGUUUAUAGUACAGACGCCGGCACCGGAUCGUUGUCGACGUCGGCGUUGGGAACACACACGGGUUUUAGGGGUUACUAACUGCUGCUGCGUCUGCUGCUGCCGCAGAGCUACUACUGUAAGGAACACAUUGUAAGGGUAGAUUUCCAUCGAAAAUUGAACGGUCGACGUGGAACCACAAGGUUAGAUGAUAAGAGAGCACUACUACAGUACUGCACGUCGCUUUUUAACCGAAUAAUUCCUUAAAAAAAAACGUCUAAAUUAACAAGCUGUCCUUUUUAUGAAAACCCCAGUUUCUGAAUCAAUAAAGAACACGGAUCAGC